AUGAUUAAAGUUCUGCAUUGCACAGCGUGGUGGGGCAUUGAAAUUGACUUGUGUUUCAUAUGCCGCACCCUCUCCUUCUGCUUUGCGCAGGUUGGAGGCUCCGCCAGAAACGCAACCACUACAUUCAGCAUCCGAAACUACCGCAAUCAGAAUCAGACCGUUUUAUCGCCAGCUCCCACUAUUGAUCUCCUCUGGUUAUGGGAGAUCAACUGGAAGAACAGCUACUGUGCUUCCAGCUAUGCCCCCUAUACUGUUCGACCGCACUGA